CCGCCGCCGCAGCCGCCGAGCCGCACAGGAAGAUGGCGGCCGGGCGGGAGACACAGCUGCCUUGGCUGAUGCUGGCGCUGCUGCUGGGCGCCGUGUCUGCUGGGGAUUACAAGGAAAUGUCAACAAGCCUCACAUUUAACGACAUUCUCCCAGAAGAUCCGAAACUGUACGAUAAGAUGCGACCACCGAAGAAGGAUGGAAGCCCAACAGUCGUUUAUUUUCACGUUACAGUCAUGGGUCUGGAUUCCAUUGACGAAAAUGCUAUGACGUAUGCGGCGGACAUAUUUUUUGCUCAGACAUGGAAAGAUUUCCGCUUACGCUUACCAGAGAACAUGACAUCAGAAUACAGGUUACUGGAAGUUGACUGGCUGAAAAACAUGUGGAGGCCAGACUCUUUCUUCAAAAACGCAAAAGCUGUUACGUUCCAGACAAUGACUAUUCCUAAUCACUAUAUGUGGUUGUAUAAAGACAAAACUAUUCUCUACAUGGUAAAGUUAACGUUAACAUUGUCCUGUGCAAUGAAUUUUAUGAUUUACCCGCACGACACUCAAGAAUGUAAGCUGCAAAUGGAAAGUUUAUCCCAUACUACAGACGACAUGAUAUUCCAGUGGGACCCUGAUGUUCCUUUAGUAGUUGAUGAGAACAUAGAACUUCCCCAGCUGCAGCUAGUAAAAAAUUCCACUGCAGACUGUACUCAAGUUUACUCCACAGGUAACUUCACCUGUCUGGAGGUUGUAUUCGUGCUCAAACGUCGCCUGGGAUACUACCUAUUCCACACGUAUAUCCCAACCUGCCUGAUUGUCAUUAUGUCUUGGGUGUCGUUCUGGAUCAAGCCCGAGGCUGCACCAGCCAGAGUGACGCUGGGAGUGACGUCACUGCUGACGCUGUCGACGCAGCACGCCAAGUCGCAGGCGGCGCUGCCUCCUGUGUCCUACCUCAAGGCAGUCGACGCCUUCAUGUCAGCGUGCACCGUGUUCGUGUUCAUGGCGCUGAUGGAGUACUGCCUCGUCAAUAUAGUACUCGGUGACUCGGACGGUCCGAAGGCUCAAGCAGAAGCUGCCAAGGCAGAGAAAAUUUUUGACUUGGCAGCGAAGGUGUCCAGACCGGAGCGGGGCUGCGAGUCGCCUGCCCAAGUUUCAGGUCUAGAGCUCUCAGUUCGCCCUACGUCUUCGCGUCAGCACGUCAGAAGUUCAAAUGAGAAUGCCCGGCUUUUGACUGGGCAACCACCUGCACCUCCAAGACCAUCUCCAGCUCAAAGGAACAGGAUUAGAGCCAUCAACAUUGAUCGAUUCUCACGAGUAUUUUUCCCUCUGCUGUUUGCAAUUUUAAAUUGCACUUACUGGGUUAUGUUUGCUGAGUUCUUGUAAUUGUCUAUCGAUUUUCAGUUUAAAAUAUGAUUUGUUAAAGCAUUUCUCUAAAAAAUGGAAAGAGCUAACGUGCAUAUCAUGUAGUGUCAGAAAUUUUUUAGAAGCUUCUAUUUAUACAUGGAAGUAACUUUCUGCUCUGGCACUGCAAAUAGUAAUUUUUCUUCAUUUUCAGUCUGGUUAAUGUGAGUAAAUGUAAUUGCAAGACAUCAGAUGAAUAAUUAAUGAAUGUAUAAUCUGAGGUUAGUUCAAUCACAAGAACUGCAAUGCAGUGGUACAACCAAAUAUGCUUUUUGUAAAUCCUGUACUAACCACACAGAUUGCAAGAAUUUUCUGUCGCAACUAACUUUUGCUAAUACUGGUGCUAUGUGACAGAUAUCUUCAUAACAUAAAUCAGAACUCAUAAAAAAUGCACAACUAGCUAUAUGUGAAUGUUAGUACAGAUUACUAGAAUGCACCUGAUGGAAUGAAACUGUAUUUGAGAUACAAAAACUUCUAUAAAUAAAAUGUUAAAAUAUAGUUGGAAUGUAAGUGUUCUCUGGUACAAUAGUUAUAAUGACCAUUUUAGUGGAUAAGUGGACCUAAAUGUCAUAAUUUAAAGAAAAUAUGGGAUGUUUAAUACUAAGUUCCUAAGAAGCUACAUGAAAAAGAGUUCAUAAAUUUAUUGUAUAGUAGCAGUCUGUACAAUGUCACAUGCUACAAGUGUUAUAGGCCCUAUAGGUAACUGUUUGCAACUUACAAUUGCAAUUAAUGUCACAAAAAUCAUUCCAAAAUUUUGUUGUUUGGUGUGUCUUCUUGUUUAUGUAUGUUUAAAAAUAUUUAUGCUGCGCUAGGAGCAUUUUUAAUAUAAAAUUUCCUGGUGAAAAAAUUUUCUUAUUUAGUAUUUCCAGCAUUGUCAUAGACAGAUUAUUCUCCCCAGUUAUUAGUGGACAUUAUCUAAAUCAAAAAGAGGGAGAACAUUUUGGAACAAUUUUAUAUAAUGUUGCAUAGGUGAUUCAAAGAUAAUAAAAAAUCUUAUGAGUAUUUCCAAAUUCUGCUCAUGGUGACCAUUUUCAUCAAUCACUAAUAAAUACUCAUUAAAUCACAGAGAGACAGAACAUUUUGACUGACUGUUGCCUUUAUGAUAGACAUCAAGGUAUUACUGUAUUUCAUAAAAAAUAAAUCAUCAACAAAUUUCAUCACAUUUUGUGUGCUGGUAAUCAAAAAGGAAAGUGAAUAAAUAACUUGUUUUUUAGACAGUCCUUCCUCCACAGUUAGGUUUGGAAGGACAAAAGAGUCAUGGAUGCUACUAUUACAGAUGUGAAUAGGACAUCAACCAGUGUAUACAUUCUUAAGCAAAAGAUGUGAAUAACUUGUUAUGUGAAUAUAAAUCUUCAGAUUAAAAUGUUAGUAAGGUAGAAUUGUUUUCAGUGUGUCAUAAAUAUUGUACAGAAAGCACUGAGUGGAAAUUAUAACAUUGGAAAAGUGUGUUUGGUAAAUACAUUGUAUGUGUAUCUCUUCAUAAAUGAACUAAAGCUAUCUGUAAGGUAACAUGAAUGUGAAAGAAAAUUCCAUUCAUCAUUCCCUGGAGCUCAUAUUUCACAUUAUAAAAAUUCAUUGGUUGACAAAACUUAUUUGGUAUUAGAAUAUAGUUCCUUAAAUCACUUUGAAUUUAAUGGACAUGUACAUGAAUGCAGUACAGUGUGGUACAGCAAAAUAGUCAUAUACUUGAACAUAAAAUGUUACUUCAGUUUUACAGACCAUAUAGAUUGUGUGUCCCAUACUGAAAAUUGCCUGUUAUUGAUCUCAUAGCCAUGUAUGUUUCUCUUUUAUCUAAUCCUCUACAAACAUGUCUGAUUCAGCUAAAGCACUCAGACAGAAAAGCAGCAGUAGUUCAACUCCUGGGAAGGCUGAAUUCCAGUCAAGACAUAGUAUUAAGGCCACAGACAACAGGAAAUCCAAGUCUAUCCAAAUCAAUAUUAUUUUACAAGCACAAAAACUGAGCAAUUUCCUUGUCAUAUAAAACUUUUGUUGUAAAAUGUGGUACCAAGUAUAAAUAUUUAAAUCGUGUUGCAUGUCAGUUAGUGAAUUUUUUAUCUUAAAGUAUGCUAUGUGACUGGCAGUGUGUAUGGAUUUUUCCAAUAAUUGUGUGGGAAUUUUGCUUAAUUUUAAAAUGAACUCUACUUUUUCUAUCAUUGAAAUGUCUUUGAAAUGAGUUAUAAUAAUGCACAUUCUAAAAAUUUACACAAUGUUCCUGAGUAUUUUUUUUCUAAUUUUGCAGUAAAUGCUAAUGCAACAGAAGUGUCAUUAUUCAUGAGUGAUCUUCAUAUUUUGAAAGACCAAAGUACUUGCAGCAGAAGCAUUAAAGUGAUUACAUCUCAGUUACCAUAUUUUGUAAGCUUGAAAAAUCAGACAAGAGUAAAUAAUUUAAUCUUUUCUUUUGCAUUUGUUCAGUACAGAAAUAUAUUCAGUUCUCUCAGUUGCCAAUAAAAAUAAUAAAUAUUCUGACACUUGACAACACAGAACUCUCAACACCACAUAAGGUGAAGGAAGUUAAAAAAACUGUAAUGAAAAAUAUUCUUAAAUACUACUGAAACUGUCUGCCAAGUUAUAUAGAGUUUUUAACUUGAAUAAAUGUUUCCAGUUUACUGCUUAUAAAAAUGACUUGUUAUAAAAAUUGUCUGUGUAAACAUGUACAUGAAUAGAAAUGCUUUAAAUUAUUUAUGGCUUUUGAUGAAAAUUAUCAUCCUUUAUUUUUAACUGUUGCUUGUAACUACAAAUAAUUUAUAAAAUUUGCAUUCUGCACACACAAUUUCCCUCCAUCAGAUAAAGGACUAUAAAUAACAGUUUGGUGGCAACCAAGUCUUUUCUUCAACACACAUGAGCUGCAUUCCAUAUCCUAACAUAAUUCACUCAAUCCCAGUCACAACAUAAUUAAUUCCCAUCCUUUUAUGCAAUGUGAUGUCAUGGUUCAAUCCAACGCACAAAAGCACUUACACAGUUUAAAUAAGCCACACGUAUUCUUCUCUUCUCUUUGUAUCUUUACUUUUACUGGACUAACUGUAACUUCAAACAAAUAUCACAUGUGCUUCAAAGAAAUUGAACAGGCUCAAAACAUUGCUUGUCAGAAUUUGCAAUAGAGAAUUCUGUAUUCACUUUCAAAUAACAGUGUACUCCUUCACCUUUAUCCCUCCUCAAUCAUUUCUAUGUAAAUAAACAUCUUAUCCAAAAUAUAUAAACAUACUUUCAGAAUUUCUGGAAAGAUAAAUACAGUGAUGGUGAUAAAAUUUCCUCUUUGAGAUUUGGAAUCCGUACAGAAGUGUUCCAAGAUAAUAUUCCUCCAAGACUGUACAAAUGAUAUUGGCUGCAACACUGAAAAUUUAAUUUAUUUCACAGUUAACAAAUUAACCUUUACCAUAAGUCACUAUAUUAAUAUCAUUUACUUUCAAGUCUUUUUUUCCACAAUAUUACUGUUAUGGUUACAGUUACAGUUAAUAUGAAAAAUGAUUUUUAACAAUGUUGUACAUCAAGCUUGUUACAAAAGUU